AUGAGGCAAAAGCCUGCAUUGUUCACAAUUCGCAAAUCAAAUUAAAGCAACUCAACACUGUGAAUGAGUUGUGAUGGAUGCCUUUUCUUCCUCCUUUCUCUCCACCCUAACACCUUCAACAAAACUCCUUUCUCCCGUUAUCACCACCACUCUCAGAUCAACUUCCCCAUCACCUUAUUAUGCUCCUCUCCCCUACAUUUCCUCUGUCAGAAUUGAAGAGAAACCUCCUACCUCCACAACCACCACCAAAACAUCACAUCCACCACCACCCCAAUCUCCUAAAGCUUGGCCUCCACCAGCGCCAUCCUAUGCUUCUCCAUCAGUUGGAGCCAAGAAAAGAGUAGAACCAAGGCUGUCCACCAUGAUCUUCAAUACAUUUGACGAUAUUAUAAACAACUUCAUAGACCCUCCACUCAGGCCUUCUGUCGACCCCAAGCAUGUCCUGUCCCACAACUUCGCUCCUGUUGAUGAGCUUCCUCCUACACCCUGUGAAGUUAUACAAGGAUCCCUCCCGCCUUGCCUUGACGGUGCAUACAUUCGUAAUGGCCCCAACCCUCAGUUCCUCCCUCGUGGACCUUACCACCUCUUCGAUGGUGAUGGUAUGCUUCACUCCAUUCGAAUCUCCAAGGGCAAGGCCACCUUGUGUAGCAGAUACGUAAAGACGUACAAGUACUCCAUUGAAAACCAAAUGGGUUCUCCCGUUUUCCCCAAUGUUUUCUCCGGCUUUAACGGCCUAACCGCCGCGGCCACUCGCGGUGCUCUCUCCGCUGUCAGAAUUCUAUCCGGUGAGUUCAAUCCUGCAAACGGUAUUGGUCUUGCAAACACUAGUUUGGCCUUGUUUGGGAACCGUCUCUACGCGCUUGGUGAGUCAGAUCUACCUUACUCUAUACGCUUAACAUCCAAAGGGGAUAUACAAACAUUGGGUCGCAUUGAUUUUGAUGGAAAGUUGUUCAUGAGCAUGACUGCUCACCCUAAGAUAGACGAUGACACCGGCGAGGCCUUUGCUUUCCGAUAUGGGCCUGUGCCUCCAUAUCUAACUUAUUUUCACUUUGAUGCUAAUGGAAAUAAGCAACCAGAUGUCCCUAUAUUCUCUAUGACCCGCCCAUCUUUUCUUCAUGACUUCGCAAUUACAAAGAAGUACGCUAUAUUUGCGGACAUACAAAUAGGGAUGAACCCCAUGGACAUGAUCAUUGGAGGUGGAUCUCCGGUGGGAACGGACCCAGCUAAGGUACCUAGAAUCGGAAUCAUCCCUCGAUAUGCAAAAGACGAGUCGGAAAUCAGGUGGUUUGAUGUGCCUGGUUUCAACCUCAUACAUGCCAUCAAUGCAUGGGAUGAAGAUGAUGGCAACGCCAUAGUCUUGCUGGCACCCAACAUUCUAUCAGUAGAGCACACCCUGGAGAGAAUGGACCUGGUUCAUGCUUUAGUGGAGAAGGUUAGAAUCGACUUAAGAACAGGGCUGGUAACAAGGCACCCCAUUUCAGCAAGAAAUCUGGAUUUCGCAGUACUAAAUCCAGCUUAUGUUGCAAAGAAGAACAAAUAUGUGUACGCGGCGGUUGGGGACCCAAUGCCAAAAAUAGCAGGAGUGGUGAAACUGGAUGUGUCUAAGGGAGAGCGGCAGGAGUGCACGGUGGGUAGUAGAAUGUAUGGGCCGGGCUGCUUUGGUGGGGAGCCAUUCUUUGUUGCCAAGGAGCCACAAAAUCCUGAGGCAGACGAGGAUGAUGGAUAUGUGGUUUCGUAUGUCCACAAUGAAAACACAGGAGAGUCAAGGUUCCUGGUGAUGGACGCACAAUCACCCAAUCUUGACAUAGUGGCAGCCGUGAAGCUGCCCCGUAGGGUUCCCUACGGUUUUCAUGGACUAUUUGUGAGGGAAAGUGAUCUAAAUAAGCUGUAGAAGUAGAUUCACUUCCUCUCGGUCGGGUUCAGGUGGAUGAUCAUUCAUUAAACACAUAUAAUAGCAGUGAAUACCAUAGCAGAUGAAAGUUACAAGGCGUUUACAACAUAUUGUAUAAACAUAUAGUAUUCUGUUACAGAUGAUUGAAGUCCCAAUAUCAUAAUCAUUGCAUGUAAUACUUGUAUUUACAUUUUACCUUUCUAAAAUAACCAAUUAUAUAAUCCAGUGAAUUAUUUAUCGGUCA